CCCGAUCCGGCAGGCGGUCGGGUGCGGUGCGUGGAACCCCGUCUGAUUGGCGGAGGGCUUAUCGAUAAGCACGCUGAGUCAGCCUAAAAAAGUUGGACGCCAGAAGCAGCAAUUCAUGCGACAACAACCCCAUCGUCACGCAGAGCCGGCCAUUGAAGCUUUCCCUGAGCUGUGUUAGUAUCGCUGUCGUCGCAGGAACCCCCCUCGAACCAUGUCUGACGGAACCCCCAAGCCGUCCGGCCUCGCCGCCAAGGUCGACAAGAAGCGCAAGAGACAAGCCGAGGACUCGAAGCCGAGCAAUGCUGCUGGUGCUGAUGCCGCAAAGCCCGCCGGCGCUGGCGAGGGCCCCAGCAAGAAGAAGAAGAAGAACGACAAGAACAAGAAGGCCAAGGGCAAGAAGCCCGAGGAGGGUGGCAAGUCCGUGAAGAAGGAGGCUGGCGACAGCAAGGCCACUGAGGUGAAGGGCGGAAUCGACGAGGCCAUCGGAAAGAUGGACGGCCGGUUGUUGGCCGACUAUUUUGCGCAGAAGGUCAGACGCCAUAACAAGGAGCUGAGCGCUGUCGAGCUGGACGAUCUGUCUGUUCCGGACUCCGCCUUCCUCGAUACUUCCUCGUUCCAGUCGAGCAGAAAUCUGGAGCAGAUCCCCACGUUCCUCAAAGCUUUCAGCCCCAAGAACGGCGCGGAGCUGGCCAAGGCGUCGGAGCAGAAGGGCACCCCUCACACACUGGUGAUCUCUGUCUCUGGACUUCGGGCUGCUGAUACCGUCAGAGCCCUCCGCUCCUUCCAGACCAAGGAAUCGAUCGUCGGAAAGCUGUUUGCCAAGCACAUCAAGCUCGAAGAAGCCAAGCAGUUCCUGGAGCGCGCACGCACGGGCAUCGGAGCCGGCACUCCCGCUCGUAUCACCGACCUCAUCAACGCAGGGUCCCUCAAACUGGACGAACUCGAACGCAUCGUCAUCGACGGCUCCUACGUGGACCAGAAGCAGCGCGGAAUCUUCGACAUGAAGGAUACGCAUCUGCCGCUGCUGCAGCUGCUGACUCGCCCCGAGCUGCGGGAGCGGUACGGUGCGAAUGAGAAGGGGAUCAAGAUCUUGGUCUUUUAAGCAAUGCAAAGCACAGCGAUUGUCUGGGUUGUGAUUGGCGUUUAUUUUUUUUGAUAUAUACUUGGACUGAUCGGCCGGUCGUUUCUGUUUACCUUGAGCUGAUUGUGUUGUGUUGUAUUGUACAAAGUCUAUGGGAGUUGGCUCGCCUUUACGAUAAAAGUUUCUAACGCGGUUGGAGAUGGAUGGGCUUUUGCUUGAGCUGGAGCCUGUUACUACUACUGUUAUU